AUGCGCGAAGAGGAUUCAGAUGAUGUGAUCCCGGAGGAUGAUGAUCCUCGUUGCCCGACAAUCCCGUUUACAUCAAGGGAGAAACUAGGUUAUCGCCGUAAAUGGCGAUCUGCCUUGAUUGUCAAAGUGCUGGAACAAAGUUUUCCGUUCCCAGUGAUAUCCCGCCGCCUCGAAGCACUCUGGGAAAAAGUUGGCUUUCUCCAGAUUUCAAGCCUGUCGUAUGGCUACUAUGUGGUGCGCUUUACCAACCAAAUUGAUUACGAACAGGCUUCCGUUGGUGGACCAUGGCUCAUCGGCCAACACUAUAUCACAGUCCGUCCAUGGCGGAGAGGUUUCAACCCAAAACUGGCCGAAGUGGUCUCAACAAUGGUAUGGGCACAGUUACCCGAGUUGCCGGUGGAGUUCGUGAACAAGGAAGCAGUGGAAAGUAUUGGAGCCCGGAUUGGUCGCCCAGUGCUGGUGGACCGUGCAACCAUGAUUGGAGAUCGAGGGCACUACGUACUACAUUAA